AUGGUGACUAAUCCUCCGGCUCCGGGAGGUGACCGGGUGAGUGAAGGCGACUCGGUCCAAUCAGGAGCGCCGCAGGGGCGGAGCGGCAGCCCCGAGGCUUUUCCAGAAGGGGCCAAAGGCCUCCCUCUCGCUCGCUACCUGACACCAGGGCUUCCCCGCCGCCGGGCCCCGGCUGGCGUCAACUUUCCUCCAGCAGAGGGGGACCGCGCUCCCGCUCCACGGCCGCCCACCCCCCAAGAAUCCGACCUCCUCUGCAGCUGUCACCAGCGGCGGGCGCCGGGCCCGCCCCGCUCCAUUCAUAACCCCGGGCCCCGGCCGUUGCAAGCCGGCGCGACGCCCUCCUGCCCGCCCAACUCCGCAGGCAGCCAAGGUGGAGGCACCGCGCGUGCAGGGUCCGGAAUGCGGGGACCCUGGCCCCUCCGGGCCGGCGGCCGGUCCCCCUCCCCGGAAACAGCAAGGCACCACGGGAGAGGGAUGGGGGCCCCCGCACGCCGCGCCAGGCGAUCGCGGGGACCCCCUGUCUCCCUGCGCACGCCCCUAAGCACACGCCCCCCUCGCCCCGACCGGGGCGACUCCCGCUCGCCCAAAGGGGGAAAAAAAAGCAGCCAGGCAGCCGCCCGCAGCCCUCGAGGCGCGACCGCCGCCCUAGCUCCGCUGCGUCGCCGCCGCAGGCACCGACAGCCGCCACACACGCCGGCGUCCGCCAUGUUCGGGGCGCUGCGGGGACGCCGCGCGGGAGCCCCGGGGCCCCGGAGGAGGACAGCCCGGGGAUCCCUGCUCUGCCCCCGGAGCCCCCGUCCCGUGCCGGGGCCGCGGCCCCAUCCCGCCCCGCCCCGCGGGCCCCCUUCCUUCCGCCUCGGUUACUCACGUGAGAUAACGGCCCAAAGAGUCGGGUAA